UUUUACUUUACGCCCAAAAUAAUAAUAUCAAAAUGCAAAACACCGAAAAUACAAAUGAAUGGAUCAAUUGGAUUGAAGAAGCAAUUUCUAAGGAAUAUUUUAGACUUUAUGAACACAAAUAUUUUAGUAAUGUUCAAAGAAUUGGUACUGGAGGAUUUGGAAAAGUUUAUCGUGUAAAUUGGAAAAAUUCAGACCAAUAUUUAGCGUUAAAAUCCUUUUCCAAUGUUGAUGACGUAAUUGCAAAAGAAAUCGUUCAUGAGCUUCAACGUGAUAUACAAUUUCAUAAUAAUAUUAUUAAGUUCUAUGGCGUUGCACAAUUUGAGCCAGAAUAUCAAAAUGUUCAAUCGAAAAAUUAUUUGUUAGUAAUGGAGUAUGCUGAUUCUGGUACUCUCAAAAAUUAUUUAAAGGAAAACUUUAGUAAUCUUACUUGGAGCAAUAAAUACAACUUGGCGUACCAAUUAGCUAGUGCUGUGGCGUGUUUACAUAAUGAAGGAAUAGUGCAUCGUGAUUUGCACUCCGGAAAUGUGUUAGUCCAUCAAAAUAUUAUCAAACUGUCCGACUUUGGGUUGUCAAAAAGAAUUGAAUCAUCAACCAACACAAAAACUAAAUUUUUUGGAUGUGUUCCUUACGUCGAUCCAAAAAAAUUUAGUGGACGAAAUAAAAAUAAAAAAUUAAAUGAAAAAAGUGAUAUUUAUAGUGUGGGUGUAUUAUUUUGGGAAUUAUCUAGUGGUCAGCCACCUUUUGUUACUGAAGAGUACGAUAUUGAUCUAGCUAUAGAAAUUUCACAAGGUCGUAGAGAAGAACCCAUUCUUAAUACGCCUGAAAAUUAUAUUAAAAUUUAUACCGGUACGUAUGAACUCUCAUUAAUUAUAAUUUAA